AUGGAAUAUGUUGGCGAGAUUCUCUCUCCCGACACCAUGAAUGAGCGUAUCGCCAAAUUGGGGGACGAUUCCCAUUUUUACUUUAUGACUCUAAACUCAGAACAGAUUAUAGAUGCUUCAAAAAAAGGAAAUAUUUCUAGAUUCAUGAACCAUUCGUGCGCCCCGAAUUGCCAGACCCAAAAAUGGAUUGUCGAAAAUCAAAUGAGGAUUGGCAUCUUUUCCAUCAAAGAUAUUGCUCCAAACACCGAGCUAACCUUUGACUACAAGUUUCAACGCUUUGGAAACGAAAAGGGCGCCCAACUUUGCCAUUGUGGAGAGCCAAAUUGCAAAAAAUUCAUUGGAAGAGAAUCUUCAAAAUCUAGAAAAAAAGCCUCUCGCCGCGAACCUACCGAUUCAAAUGAGGAUUCUACAGAAGAGGAGGAGGAGGAAGAGGAAGAAGAUGAUGAAGACGCGGCGGAUAGCGAGUAUGCAAAAGCCCCCGUUAAAUUCAGGAGAAAAUCCUCGAGUGUAUUUAUGGAGCCCAAGGGCAUCGAAAAUCCCGCCCUUUUACCUGCUCUAUUAAAAAAACUGAUCGUUAUCGAAUCAGCGACUACCUCGUUUGUUUGUCUGAAAAGAUUCAUCCAGUUACAUGGUUUGCUAAUUUUUAAAACCCUGAUGUCGUUGUACAAGAACGAGCCUUCUAUUGUGUAUUACGUUUUGAGCGUGCUAUCCAAAUGUCCGAUUUCUUCUCGAAAUAAAAUCGAAGAAGCCGGAAUUGAUGUGGCCAUAGAAUCCCUGUUUGAAGGCCAAAAACCUCCGGAUGAAAAUUCGGAUAAAUACGCGCUUUAUCAAUUGUCAAGAUCUCUUCUUGAUAAAUGGAACUUGCUUCCGAGGAUUUUCAAAAUACCAAAAAGAACCCAUCAACUUGACGAAAUUGCGACGCCGUUCUCAACAUCUGUGUCUGAAAAACCCCCGACGCCUAGUCACAUUGGUGAUCGCUCACAAAGGCCUUAUAAUUCUAACGACUCCCCAGAUACUCGUAUCAAUACGGUUGGUGAAGGCUUUUUUGCUCAGCCUGCUUCAAAUGGAACAAGUCAAUGGGACGAUGGUGGCACUAACCUUUCGUGGGACAAUACCCAAAAUUAUAGCACCGGUUGGGGUAAUGCGGCCUUGAGUCAAGAACAACCCAACAAGGAGGUUGCUAUUUUUUCUUACAGCAACAAUCUAGAUGGCUCCUCAUCUGCCGUCAUGACAAACUCUGAAAGUAUAAAGCCUUUUUUUACCAGAUCACCCUGUUCUCCUUCACAGCAUUCGGGGUCUUCUGAUCUCUUUUCCAAUCUGAUGGAUAAUACUUUAAACUCAUUGAAAAGGCACCAUUCAAAAGCACCAGAUAUUGCAAUCUCACAGCGAAGUGAAAAGAACGUCAAAAAGCCUCCUCAUCUCCAUACAGGUGGAAAUUCGGCAGCUGACUGCCCCACAUCGUUUCCAGACAGCACAAAUGUGUCCCAAACUAUUUGCGAUGAUAAAAGCUUCAAGUUUACAUCGCCCCAGACCUCGGUGCUUAUUAGCCCUAUUCAGCUUCAACAUAUCAUUCGAAAGGCUACCAUCUCGGCAUCCAUAAAUAGCGCUAAUCAAAUGAAGCAUUUUGGCGAUGGUAAUGGUAGCGAUACUGAUGAUGAUGGUCAUGGCAGUCAUUUUUCCCGAGCCGGAGAAUCACCUGCCACCGGAGUAUAUCGCACGGCGUGGAUGAAAUUGCUGAAGACUCUGAUCGCCAAUCUUGUUUCGUCAAUUAUUAACCGAUAUCAGAAGCAAAUGGAAAUUGACAUGUUUAAGAAACUAAAUAGAAAGAUUUCCCAUUCUCUUCUUGAAAAGGAAAUACGAAGCAAGGAGGGAGUACCGCCUCCUCAUUCCUAUGUGCUUGAUGAGAAACACGGUUCUAAAAUGAAGCAGUUUGUAAAGGAUUAUCUCCAUAGACUUGGAUACAAAAGGUCGGACAAAAAUGCAGGCCAUUAA